CAAGCGCUCCAUUGUAAGAAUUUUUGUGUCUAACUAGUUGGUGAAAUUUUUUUUUUCAUUUUUUUUGUAAAAAAAAAAUAUUUAAAUAUAUAAAUAAACAUUUACAUUUGUAUAAUAAUUAAAUAUGUAAUAUGUAAAAUUAAUUUUUUGAUAUGAUUGCUGGUAACUUAAAAAAAAAAAUGCUUUAAAUUAAUUAAAAUCGCGUGUGUGGAAUAAUUCCUUUAUGUAAAUUUUUAUCAACAAUAUUGUUAUAGCUAAGUAGCGUACCUACCCAACUUCAUCAUAUUUACAUACAUAUAUAGUGUGUUUGUAGUUCACGGUGGGCUUUUUUUUUUUGGUUUUUAAACUUAAUGCCCACAGUAAACUCUCUAGUUAGCUAUCAAAAUAUAAUACUGAGGAAGAAAAAAAAACGAUAUUGAAAAAUAAAAUAGAGUAAUUGUAUUCAAAUAAAAUUUUUUUAUUAAAUGGCUUGAUAUUCAUUUUAAAUUAUUUUGAUAAAAUUAUUAAAAUACAUUUUAAUUUUUUAUUAAAAAUAUCAAAAAUAAAGAAAAAUUAUAUUGUGGAUUUUAAAAAUAAAAGAAAAUUCAUAGAAAAAUGGUCAGAGGACGUAGAACACGUGCUGCAACAGCUGUUGUCACGAAUAUUUCACAUCCUUCUACAAUUUUACCGCAAUCAAACAGUUCAUCGAUAUUGGCAAGAGCUGCAAUAAUAAAUGAAACAACACAAAAUAAAGUUAUAACUGAUGAUCAUCAGUGCUAUGCAAGCCCAAAACGAAAAGAAAGUAAAAUUGAUGAAACAAUUAAUAAUAUAAAAACAAGAUCUACUACAAGAUGUAAUGGUAUUAACAAUCAUAUACCAAGAACAAGUUCAUCAUCAGCAAAUGGUAUUGCAUCAAAUUCUUGUAGUAAUAUAACAAAAUCAAAAGGUUCACAACAACAUAAUCAUCAUCAUCAUCAUCAUCAUCACCAUCAUCACCAUCAUCAUAAUACUAAUUCUCAUUACCAAAAUGAACAACAAAAUCAAAAAACUAUAACUAAAUAUUUUACAUCUGUUGAAACAAAACCAACUUGUAAAGUAAUAGAUUUACAAAAUAAAACUCAUUCUUACAAUGGAGAAAUAUAUUAUGAUGAUACAAUUCUAAAAGAUCAUAAUAAUAUUGAAAUAAAUUUUGAUGAAAAUGAUAUUUGCAUUGAUUUAAAUAAAAAUAUUGAAGUUGAAGAUGAUGAAGAAGAAGACGAAGAAGAAGAAGAUCUAGAAGACGAUGCAGAUUUAAGUGAUGAAAGUAAUAAAAAUCCUGAAUUAAAUGGUAGCAUGAAUUGCUCUGGAAUGAAUAUUGCACUAAAAAUAAAUCAAGAAAAUGUUACUGAUGAAAACUUAUUACAAAAUGAUUACGAUAGUAAUUUAAAACAUGAUAAAAACAAAAAUAAUGAUGAUAAUGGAUAUUUUACUAAUUCCUCAACUUCUUCAACAUCAUCAAGUAUAUUAAAUGGUAAUAAAGGUGAUGCAUCAGAAAAAAUGACAAAUAUGACAACAUCAACAAAAACAACAAUGACAGUACCAUCUAUAUUAAAGAAUACUAUGGUGGCCUCUAAAGAUAAUUUAUUUUUACAAGAACCGGUUUUAAGCCUUAAUAUAGAUAAAUCACCUAAUCAGCCUUCGUCAAUAAAAAUCAAUAAAACGUUUGAAGUUGAAUCUGUAUUUUCAGCAGCUAAUUCAAAUUCAAAUUGCAAUUCAAUAUGCCUUAAUGGUUUUAAUAAAAUUGUUACAUUGAAAAGCUCACCAAAACGUAGUGUGAGUAGUGAUGCAGAAACUAUAAUAAUAAAUAAUUGUAAUUUUGAUUCAUCAAAUUCGAAUUAUAAUAAUAAUAAUAAUAGUAAUAUUGGUAUUUUAUUAAGUAUUGAUAAUAAUUCAAAUGAUAGUGGAGUAAUAAUCGACCAGAAUAAUAUAAGUAAUCACAUUAAUAACAAUAACAAUCAAUCAGAACAUAUUCGUAUUAUGAAUAAUAAUGCAGAAUAUAAUAAUAAAAAUGUAAAGCAAAGAGAUGAAUUGAGCCCAAGUAAAAGACGUAAGCCAACAACACCACAUAGAAUUUUGUGUCCUUCACCAAUUAAACAUCCUUUAGUUCAAAAAUGUAUAACUAGUAGCCGUAGUAGUAGUAUUGAAAGAACACCAAUUAGUAAUAAAAUAAAUACUGCCACUCAUGGUGUUGCAAAUGGUGCACAAAAACGAUAUCCUAAAUCACGCAGAAGACUGAAUACUCCCCAAUCGGAGAAUAGUUCCAUAGCAUUACCCCAAUUGGGUAGUGCAAAUUUAACAGACGAAACUCUUAAAAGAAUUAGUAAACAACAACAAAAAUUAAUUUUAAAUUCAGCGAAAUAUCCAACUGCCCAACAAAAUUCAAAUAAUAACAUUAUUAAAAAUAAUCAAUCGAAAUUACUUAGUAGCCAUAAUAUGUCACCUACUCGACAAAAUGCCCAAGUGCUUUAUGAUACCAAUUUGAUACAAAAUCAAACUGUAACAACCGGAAAUGAAAUUUCUGAAGGAAGAAUAGUAGUUAACCAAAUGAAACCACCUCCAGGAAGAUCUGUUCAACAAACUCAACAGAAACAAUCAAAAACUCAGCAUAUACAAGAAACUUUAACCGAUUUUUAUCCAGUUCGUAGAAGUGUACGGAAAACUAAAACUGCUGUAAAAGAGGAAAUGAUGAGAACUUUAGAGCAAGCAAUUUUGGAAAAUCGAGAGGAUGGUUUAAAAGUUCAAGAAUUUGAAGGAAAGGGUCGCGGAAUUAUAACAACAAGAAAAUUUCUUCGAGGAGAAUUUGUUGUUGAAUAUAUUGGUGAUCUUAUUGAUAUGAAUGAAGCGAAUGAACGUGAAUAUAAAUAUUCGUUAGAUGAAAAUGCUGGUUGUUAUAUGUAUUAUUUCAAACAUAAAAAUCAACAAUAUUGCAUUGACGCUACUGCAGAAUCAGGCAAACUAGGACGUCUAGUGAAUCAUUCAAGAAAUGGCAAUCUAAUGACAAAAGUUGUUGUCGUUAAAUCAAAACCACAUCUUGUUUUGAUUGCAAGAGAUGAUAUUGAAGAAGGUGUUGAGUUAACAUAUGACUAUGGUGAUAGAUCUAAAGAAGCAUUGCAACACCAUCCAUGGCUAGCCCUAUAGUUACUUAAAAAAAAUAUUUAAUUAUAACAUUGAAUUGCUCUUAUAAUUAUAAUACUAAACUAAAAAUUAAAUACAUCUUCAUUAUUAAAUUAAUUUCACCUGAUGUAGUAUUUAAGAUAUUUAAUGUACCACCAAAAUAUUUAUUAAAUAAAAUAAUAAAAUUUAGAAAGAAUAGCUUCAUUAAUAAUUACUUUAUGUAACACAAACCAAAAUAAAAUAUAAAAAAUAAAAAAUUUAUUUCAUAAAUUAAAAUUUUGUUAAGGGAAAAAGAAAGGUAGUUCCAACUUUUUAAAUUUAAAAAAAAAUGAAUAACGUUUUUUGUUAUCAAAAAAAGAAAUUGUUAAAAAUCCAUUUUGAUCUAUAUUUUAAAACUUUUAAAACUUAAUUUGUUCAACUAUAAAUUUUCGCUUUAAGCAUUUAAAAAGUUUUGUAAAUUUUUUUUUUUAAAUUGAUUAUUCAUGCCGAUAGAUCGAAAAUUUUUGUUCUUAUUUCCAAAACAGAUUUUAUUGAUAGUUAUGUUAUUUUAUUUUUAAUUAUAAUUUUGCAAAUUUCUAACUAUAUAAUAUUUAUGUCAUUUUAAAAGUGAACUAACACAAAUAAAUGAUUUGAUUUUUAAAAAUGUUGUUUAUGAUAAUCCCAUUGUUAUAUAAAAGCAUGUAUUUACUUAUAAAUUAAGUAUAUGUACCACCUGUGGAUAAGCUUUAAACAUUCAUAAUUUUUGUGUAGAUAAUUAUUUAUGGAAAAUCUUCAUUAAUAAUAGUUAUUUAAAAAUAUUAUUUAUUUAUAACAUUAUUAAAAACAUUAACCUUAUAAAUAUAAAGUAAUUAAAUAUAAUGCAAAAAUUAAUAACAUAACUAUUAAUAUAAUGGAAUUUUUAGUAAAAGACAAAAAGGGCCAGUUUAUCAUUUUAUUUUUUUUUUUUUUUUAAUAUUUCUAAGCAAUAUAUAAAACAGUUUAGUAUUUUAAGCAAUACAUAGUUUAAAAAGAUGGAAAAAUUUCCGUGAUUGAUAAAAAUAUUAUUGUUUUAUUUUUUUUAUUUUUUAUUUGUAUAUUUAUUAAAGUAAUUAAUCUUUUAUACAGUCAAAGUGCCUAAAGUACCUAUAAUUCUACUUAAAAGUUUUUGACAUGAGAGAAUAAUAAUUGCAUUGAAAAAUUCAUUCAAUAAAUAUCGAAGAAAAAGACGAAAUAAAAAUAUAUUAAAAUAACAAAAUGAUUUAAAACUCAUAAAAUAGGUUUCAGAAUGGUAAAAAAAAAUGAAAAAAAAAAAAAAACUAAACUUAUAUAAAAAAAAAAUAAAAUAUUUUUAUUAAAUAUGUUUUCAAUAUCAAAUUUUCUUAAUGAAUAAUGCAUCUU